CGAAAAAUAUAAUAGACAAGUAGUUGAGUAUGCUCGAAAACUACUACUUACAUGAUUUAUUAGUGAAACAUUUUACCACGACUGCUUGUUCUAGAACAGAGAAGUUUUUAAUCUGAACCCACAACAAAAUUCAGCUUUCUUUCAACUCUUUCUCCCUACGCCCACUCAAAAGAACAAGCUGCCCACCUUCUCCUUCACAUCACAUCUUCCCCACGAAGAAAAAAGCUGUCUUUCUUCUCCCUUUCUCCAUUUCCUCUCGACUGACUUUUCUUCAGGAGUUGGAUCAGACCUUCCCCCACCCACACAAGAUAACUCGAACCCAGUUCAUGCUCUGACGACCUCCUCCUCCGCCGCCGCCGUCCAUGGCUAUGGUUGAGAACAAGUCGCCGACUGACAACUCCAACAAAGUAUGGGGUUUCCUCAAGCUGCCUUUCCGAGCAACCAACGGGAAUGCGACGCCGUCCCCUUCGCCUUCUUCGCAGCUUCACCACAGCCACCACAACCACCACCACGGCCACGGCCAGAAUAACGCCGCCGUUGAAGGAUCUACUCCUCAGCCUCCCAAUUCGGUCUCUUCCGUCGCCAGAUCGCUGCUCCCGACGCGCCGCCGCCUCAAGCUCGAUCCGGCCUCCAAGCUCUACUUCCCUUAUGAACCUGGGAAGCAGGUGAGGAGUGCUAUCAAGAUUAAGAACAGUAGCAAAUCCCAUGUCGCGUUCAAGUUCCAAACGACUGCGCCAAAGAGUUGUUUCAUGCGCCCACCGGGGGCUAUUCUUGCUCCCGGGGAGAGUAUCAUAGCUACUGUUUUCAAGUUCGUUGAGCACCCAGAGAACAAUGAGAAACCAAUGGACCAGAAGAGCAGGGUUAAGUUCAAAAUUAUGAGCCUGAAGGUGAAAGGGCCGAUGGACUAUGUGCCUGAGCUGUUUGAUGAACAGAAAGACCAAGUAGCAAUAGAGCAGAUACUGCGCGUUAUUUUUCUAGAUCCCGAGCGUUCAACCCCUGUAAGUUCGAAUAUAGUCUAUGGAGAAGUUGAAGCGCCAAUUAGCAGAGGCUGAUGCUGCAGUGGAAGCCCGGAAGAAACCCCCAGAGGAUGCAGGUCCAAGAAUCAUAGGCGAAGGACUUGUGAUUGAUGAAUGGAAAGAGCGAAGGGAGAGAUACCUUGCUCGACAGCAGGGUGAAGGGGUAGACUCAGUAUAGACGACCCUAAUGAGCAACAAGCUUUUGUUCUUCAUGGCUUGAGAAGAUGAAUGGAAAAUUGAUUGAUGUCUGUAUGCUCCUCUUCUACUCCAUUGUACCAUGCGGGAAGAGUGAAAAGAAAAAAGCUCUUGAGAAUGUGUCAAUGUAAAGAAAAGAUGAUGCGUUGUUGUUGUUGUUGUAAGGUUGAUUUGCUUUGUUGAUUUUUGGGAGUGUUAGAAGAACCCUUUGUUUUUUGUCUUCCACCGUUCAGCUCUGCCUGUAGAUAAAAUGAUGAUUUUGAUUUGCCUGCCUGCCUGCCUUCCUGCCUCCUGAGGAGCAUUCAUUUCAUUGGAUGGAUAAUAUUGGAUCGAUGACAACCUAUUGAGCAUUGCUUUGAGGUUGACAAAGAUAUAUAAAAGUUGUGUCAAUCC